AUGUUGCCGGAUUUAAACGAUGCUGCUAUCGCAGAGAUGCUCAUUGACUCUGGGGACAAGGGUGACGAUAAUGACGAAAUCGAUUUGGAUUGCUGUAAUGAAGAAAACUCCGAAUAUUCAAGUACCUCUUCUUCUGAUGAAGGCAAGAAUAAUGAUCACGAUAACAUACCUCUGAGUAUGCUAACAGCAUGGCAAAAGAAGCCCUUCAAUAGCAAACCCCUUCCAGAAGAUGCUGUUCGUGAUCCAGGAGAUAUUAAAACCCCAUACGAAUAUUUCGAGUGCUAUUUUACUGUCGAGAUCAUGGAACAGAUGGCUUUGAGCACAAAUCAAUAUUAUAUGGAGAAUACUGGUUUACAAAUGAAACCUUCUUCUCUACUGGACAUAAAGAAGUUUUUCGGAAUACAUGCCAUAGUUGGGUGUAUAAAAUUUCCAAGACUAAAGAUGAUUUGGAGCGAAAAAUACAGGUAUGACCCGAUUGCAAAUGCCAUGUCUAGGGAACGGUUUUUCCUUCUUAGAACAAACUUGCAUUGUUUAGACGUCACAGCGGUGAAUCAGACCGAAGAACAAGCCAAAACUAGAUUAUGGAGGGUGCAGCCUGUUAUCGAUGUCGUCCGAAACAGAUGCUUGCAGUUGCCUAGAGAUGCUGGUAACUAUUCAAUCGACGAACAAAUGAUACCUUUUGAAGGUCGGUGCGAUUUAAAGGUAGUCGUAAAAAACAAACCUCGUCCAGCAGGAUUGAAGAAUUUCGUGGUAACUACCUACAACGGACAAGUUCUAGACUUUGAAAUUUAUCAAGGCUCUACAACAUACUUACCUGAUUCAGAGAAUUUUGGAAUUGGUGCUGCUGUUAUAUUACGCUUGGCUAAUACACUCCCAGAAGGAAGUUUUCUUUAUUGCGAUCGGUAUUUUUCCUCACUGCCUUUGAUGAAAGAGUUAGUUAAAAGAAAACUAGAAGGAACAGGAACUUUGAUGGCUAAUCGGUUUAACACCAAGAAGAAAACGCUAUAUGAAUUCAAAAAAGAUCAUAGGAUGACUAGAGGAGAAGAUGAGGAGGUUGUCAACAGGGAAAACACCAUGAGCGUCGUAAAAUGGAAGGACAAUAAAGGAGUACUCAUGGUCUCAACAGCCUUUUGGAGCAGAGCCGCGAACCCAGGUAUCAAGAUGGGAUAA